CGCGACGGUGACGCGCACCGAGAGUUGCGGAGCGUGAGUCCUGAAGGGCAAAUAAGAGACUGGAGAAAACGACCUUAAUCAAAUCAAGGUGGAUUUCCCUCAUCCCUAUUUCCACAUAGUGGACAUGGUAGAUUACACAGCGCAUGUUGUCAGAAUUAUGUGUAUGGCGAACAUGUUAAUGAAUAAGAUCUUGUGUCUGACAAGCAUAAGCGUCAUCAUAGGUUUUGGUGGGCAUGAUUUCACUGGUGACCUACAGUAGCACGGGAUGCGCCGUACAAAGCGGGACUGAAAUGCCAGACGGGAGAGGCAGAGACCUUCAGGACGCUCGGGACAUCGAUUCUUGAGGAUAUAUUUAUUUGUUACCGGAUAUACAUCUCUCUGGAGCAUAAGGACGUACUCUAUUUCCACCGGGAAUUCUGCUGCGAGGGAGCCGGUAUAAAUGAAAUGCACGGAAUGCGCGGAAAACUCCUAUAAAAUAUCAUUUAUUAAGGAUUAGUUAUAGCUAAUUAGUAAUAAAUGCGCCCGAUUCUAUCCUGAAGGAGCUUUGAAAUUUACGAUAUAUAUUUUUUUGGUUUUGGCUUUACUUAAACCAUGACGGGAAUUACAAUUGCUUUGUUUUUUGAGAAUCUGCUGAGUAAAUUGUCCCUGUUUGGAUUAAAGAUGUUGGAUUCGGACGCGAAUGUGGAAUAAUCAUUCAUAGAGAAUUAACAAGGACUGGACGUUGGACCUGGUGUAUUAUUUACAUAACUAUUUCAGACUUUUCUUGGCCAACUUAAACAAUGGGGAUCAAGCUGAGGAUUAUUCUGGGAAUGUUUCAGUUCGUCACGCUUACUAGAAUACCCACGCAAUGUGCCAGGACACAGUCAGACCACUGGAUGCCAACACAGAGCCACAAGUCUGGAGAAGUGGUGAGGUGGCUGGAUGUGUUUCAGAGAAGCGGAUGUCACCCCAGAGAGACGCUGGUGGAGGUUUGGCAGGAGUUUCCGUGGGAGACGAAUCACCUCUUUCUGCCAUCGUGUGUAACACUGCGCCGCUGCGGAGGCUGCUGCUCUGAUGAGGCCCUGGAGUGUGUGCCUUCACAAACACACACACUUGUCAUGGAGCUCAUGAAGACAUCGUACAUGAAGCAUGAACUUGUGCAACUGCCUUUCAUUGAACACAACCAGUGUGAGUGCAGGCUAAAAGCAAACCUUUAUGCAGAGCCAACCAGGCAAGGCCCUCAGACAACAAGAAGAGGCCGAAAGCGACAAAGAGGGAAACCAAAGCGAAAGAAACACAUGGGAAAAAAUUCAAUGAUUUUUGUGCCAACGACACCCCCUCCACCACCUCCUCCUACCCUGCCGCCAAGCUCCGCCCCUCCCACACCUGCCAGAGAGGCGUGUCCUCCAUGCCCCAUCCGCAAGAUGACAUCACAUCCUCCCUCCUGUGAAUGCAGGUGCAAUUUGAGGGAGGUGAGCUGUACAAAAAGAGGGAAGACACUCAACCAGAGCAGCUGCCGAUGUGAAACCCAAAGCGAAUAGCGAAAUCAAGCCAGCCAUUUAAUCCACCGAUCCAACUUUGAGGAGCUUUGAGGAGGUCAAAGGUUUGCUUAUUCUUUUGUCAUGGACUCUGAAGUUUGGGUCUCGCCCAGAAAGAGGGUUCAUCUUCUGGAAUAAACCACAGCCCCACCCCUGGCUCAUCACACACACACACACACACACACACACACACACUCACACACACAAACACUAUCACAGCAGUAUUAGAUGCAUUUACAUUCAGUUUGCACUGUAUCCCCCCCGCAUGUGCCCAGAAAAGGAAGCUUUCUGCCACUACGAUCCAGAUCUCCUUUAAUCAUUUGACACUGUGGACUCAAUGGGUCAAGCGUACCAUUGGAAUAUUCCGCGCUCAAGAGGUGGACUAUUGAGCUUAACCAAAACAGAUUGUGGGAUUUUCUUCAGUUCAGUGUGAUGUUAAGGAUAACAAGUGUGCGGGAAACUCUCAAAGGGAAAACAGAGUGUGUGUUUUUUUUUUCAACCAAACUACUUAAAGCCUCGAGUGGAGCGUUUUUGAUGGGAUGGAUGUUGACAGACCUUCAAUGUUGAGAGAACUCAAGUGUCUCUCUCCGCAAAUAGAGCAGCUCAUCCUGAGAACAUCUCCUCUGACCCUGGGCUUGAGUUAAAUGGAUGGAUGGGUCGAUUAGACGGAUGGACGGGUGUCUGUGUGGUCUGAGAUGGGAAUAAUAAGGAUCUGUGCGUCUAUCCUAAUUUAUUCCUGGCCUCUAUAAGUCCAUAAUGUGGCUUCACAGACUGUAUCAAUGAGUCUUUUUGUGUUUGUUUGAUUUGCUUUUUGUUCGGCGCCUUCCUUUUGGGAAUUGAAAGCUUUUCCCACUGGCUAGCCAGUGAGAGGAAUGCCAAUAGUAUAGAAACCUGGCUAUAUUCCAUUGGUGCUCACCAAACACACGUCUUCUCUCUCCCACACCCCCUAAUCACACUCAUUUUUCCUCUCUUUCUUUAUACCUUUCACUUCUCGUCUCAUUUUUCCCCCCAUUCUUUCUCCCUCAUGCGUACACAUACAAAUGCAAGCAGGUAAAUAUAAGCUUUUCUGUGUCGAUACGGAAAGAAGAAUUUAUUUUAUCUAUCUUAGUCCUUUUGUAAAGAAUACUAAUGUUAUUGUAGUCCGCUUUGUUUUAAGGAAUGUUUCUUUGUGUGUCUCUGUUAAUCCAACUUUAGAAUCCGGCUGGGUGGCCGACCAAAUUCACAGUCUUUUCAGCUGUGUUUGAUUUGAUUAAAGAAGAGAGACUUCGGAAAAAGGGAAAUGCCCCGUUCUGUGGGUGUUAAGUCAGUCUUAAUCAUCUCACAGGACCGGGAUUGUGACGUAUUUAUUUUUUAUAUCGAGAUGCAUUUUGUAUUAUGCUUUGCCAUGUUUCGUUUGGGACAUAUAAUCUGCUGCGCCUGUGAUGAUUGGAGCUUGGAUGAUGUAGCUGUUAAGUCAAUGUUGAGGACCACGAGACCAUGAAAGAAUCACUUUUUUUUUUAAAGGUGGUCAAUUAACCAAACACUUCUUUCCACCUUAUAUGUAGCAUUAUUGACUGAAAUAUGAUUUUCAACAGCAAGGACCUGAGGCCGACCUCACCUUAGAUGAUAUCUCAGAUUAUUUUUGUUUAGUUACUAUCUGCAAUAAUGUAAAUUAUUAAGAUCCUUUCACCCUCCAGACUACCUAGAUAUAGGAUGUGUUGUCAGCAUUCCCGAACUACUGAUCUUCGUUAAAGUUACCAUGAAAUCAUUUGCAACCCAUUUUACUUCCGCAGUGGGAUGUAGUUUGAGAAAUACAGGGUAGCACUUCAUUUUCGUAUUGGGAGAUGGUUAGUGAAAAGUUUGUGUUCCAAAACCUGAAUGUUAGUUUGCCUGAACCCGAUUUCUGAAGUAAAAAUUACAUUUAUUUUCUCCAUAAGGAAAUAGAUGCUUUCAAUAGUAUCUGAUUAACCUGUGAAGACAGAGCUGUUGUCCUGUUUUAAUGUUAUAAAUCUACUCAAAUGUGGUUGGUUUGAUUUAUAACUUACUUCUGCUGGUUCAUAUUUUCCUAUAUGGAUUUAAUGUAUUAAGAAGUGUUAGCUAUAAACCAAACCAAUCAGCAUUUAGUAGAUUCAUAACAUUAAAACAGAACUUUAAACUUAAAAACAGAACUCAUAACUUUAGCAGCUAAAUAUUUCAUCUGUUUCAGAUGUCUUUUUUUCUUUUCUUAAAGGCACAGUAUGUAAUUUUGACUACACAAGGGCACAUUUUCGCAAUAAACAUAGGCUUAGUUUGAUGACGGUGGAGUGUGGAAUCAUAGACGUUGUGGUCUUCAUUAAAAUAUUUAAAGCUUCAAAUAAUAGUAAUAUGAAGCAGAGUAAGCCAGAGAGUGCUGAAGCAAUUGUUAAUGAGAGUUGAGUAAAUGCAGCAUGAAAGCAGCUGAGCUUUUAUUAUGCCACAGUAGGCAUUGGAUGAUAAUUAGAUUCAAGGUUUACAGCAGAUUGCAAAAGUCAAGGUUCUAAAACUGCAAAAAAAUUUCUGUUAUACCAUACCAAAGGUAUAUGUAAAUUUUUUAAUGCUUAGUGUUGUAAAGAAAUCUGUUUUUGAAACUAAUGAAGAGAGCAGAAGUCAAUGAUUUAUUGGAAUUAUUUAGCCUGACAUGUUUACUGUUUCAAAAUUUUAUAAAUGUUUCCUAAUAUAAAAAGUAUUUUGUUCAAUGGGGGAAAACGUGUUUUUUUUUUACCCCGACAUAUAAUAAGAACUUAUUACAGAGCAGUAAAUACAAUACCGUGAUACUGCUUUGCGUCCCGGUGCAUGGUCUAACAGGGUUGUGCUUAUUCUCUUAAUGAGUUAUGGGUGUGUUUUCAGAAUAACGUGCAUUAAACCAAUCAGAGUCUCAUCUCUUAUUCCCUUUAAGAGUCAGUUGCGUCACACCAUAGUGCAUUUGCUAUUUACAUGGCGAACUUUGUAAGUGGAAAAACUGAGCGCUUCACACAAGUGAGAAAACAGUUUACCAGACCAUAUGACGAUAAAGAACGAGCCUCCUCCUUUCGGCCUUUUUACUUUCUCUCUACUUUACUCCUUUACUUUCGUGGAUAAGGAAACGGUGUUGUACGCACUCCAGUGAAGACAUCCAUUCGCCUACAUAUUUAAUUUAGUUUGUUGAGAGCAACUAUUUCUAUUUCUAUAACUAUUUCUAAAUUCAGUUCUAAUUUCCAGAAGAAAAAAAAAUGAACAAUAAUCACGAAGUGUGGUCAAAGGGUUAUAUCCAAACACACAUCCAAAACUCGUCAGGUGGACGAAUCAAAGCUUGUUUAUUAUAAAUAUGCAUAUAAUAAAUAGUACUAAUAAUAACAUUAUACUAAUGCAAAUUGUCAUGAAUAAACUGAAAAAACACCCCUGAGAUGAGGCGUAGAGGCAGUGGUUUUUAUAUUUAUGUCGAAAAUAGUAAUUUUUGUAACAUUUUAAUCCUUUAUUUUUUUCAUAUGUAAAGAAAAUUAGGGUUGCGUUGUUCUGAAAAUAGCAACACAUCAGGCCAAACACGUCUUGCUCCUUAUUGCGCCGGGUGUAUGAUAGGGCCCUAUGUAUGAAUUAUACACAUUUCAACAAUAACAAUACUGAAAUUGGAUGAAGGAAUUUCCUUGCCUCG